AUGAGGUCGUCGAUUUCAAUACGUCCACUGCGGCGAGCGCUGGCGCCGUCGGCAUCGACCCAGCUUCCCCUAGCCGUCUCUCGGCUUUACUCGACUCACCCGCCCAAUGCGAAGCUCAACAUCCCGGUCGACUACGCGACAACCUCCCUACUUGCGCACUCGUCUCAGACGGCCCUCAGCACAGCAGAGCUUCCAGCUGAGGUGCGCAAUGGCACGACAAAGAAGAUGAACCUCUUCCAGGCCAUCAAUGAUGCCCUCUCGAUUGCGUUGGCCGAGGACGACUCUGUCAUGGUGUUCGGCGAAGACGUAGCCUUUGGCGGUGUCUUCAGAUGCACAAUGAAGCUGGCCGAGACAUACGGCGCCGACCGCAUCUUCAAUACGCCUCUUACAGAACAAGGCAUCAUGGGAUUCGCCAUUGGUGCAGCGGCGGAGGGUAUGCGACCAGUCGCAGAGAUUCAGUUCGCCGAUUACGUCUACCCGGCAUUCGACCAGCUGGUCAACGAGGCGGCCAAGUACCGGUACAGAGACGGAGCAUGCGGCCGCAGCGUAGGCGGCUUGACCGUGCGGAUGCCUUGCGGCGGCGUCGGCCAUGGUGCUCUAUACCACUCUCAGUCGCCCGAGAGUUUGUUCACUCACGUCCCUGGCUUGCGUGUGAUCAUGCCCAGAUCUCCUCUCCAGGCCAAGGGUCUGUUGCUAUCAGCUAUCCGCAGCAACGAUCCUUGCAUCUUUAUGGAGCCCAAGAUCCUGUACAGAGCUGCUGUUGAACAGGUCCCGGCGGGUGCAUAUACGCUACCUCUGUCCAAGGCGGAGGUCCUCAAGGAGGGCAAGGACGUUACCAUCAUUUCGUACGGACAGCCUCUGUACACGUGCAUGUCGGCUAUCCAGCGGGCUGAAGAAGACCUGGGUAUCUCUGUUGAGCUCAUUGAUCUGAGGACACUGUACCCGUGGGAUAAAGAGACCGUGUUUGAAAGUGUGCGCAAGACUGGCCACUGCAUCGUGGUGCACGAGGCCAUGGUUAAUGCUGGUAUCGGAGCCGAGGUUGCUGCCACUAUUCAAGAGGACCCCGACACGUUCUUGAGGCUGGAAGCGCCGGUUGCGAGAGUUGCAGGAUGGAGCAUUCACACACCGUUGUUGUACGAAAAGUUCAACAUUCCGGACGUUGCAAGGGUUUAUGACAACAUCAAAAGGGUAUUGGACUAUUAA